AGAGGCUUCUGAGGUAGCAUGCAGCUCCUCUUACUUCAGCUCCUUUUGCUCCUGCCUCUGGGAAAGGGCGGGCAGCCCCAGGAUGGCAGCCAGGGUCAGAGUUCCCUUCCCCUUGUGCUGCUAGAAAGGACUAGAAGAGAGCUCCCCAUGGGCAACCACGAGGAAGCAGAGGAGAAGCCGGAUCUGUUUGUGGCAGUGCCACACCUAAUACGCGCCGGUCCCGCAGGUGACGGCCAGAGGCAGAGAGAGAAGAUGCUGUCCAGACUUGGCAGGUUCUGGAAGAAGCCAGAGAGAGAACUACAGCCACCCAAGGACUCAGAGACUGAGCACUUCCCACCAGGGACCCAGCCUCUCGCCCAGCCAACAGAUGGGACGAAAAUGGAGAGAUCUCCUCUUCGGGAAGAAGCCAAGAAAUUCUGGCACCACUUCAUGUUCAGAAAGAGUCCAGCUUCUCAGGGGGUCGUCUUGCCCAUUAAAAGCCAUGAAGUACAUUGGGAGACCUGUAGGACAGUGCCCUUCAGCCAGACUAUUACCCACGAAGACUGUGAAAAUGUGGUUGUCCAGAACAAUCUUUGCUUUGGGAAAUGUGGGUCUGUUCAUUUGCCUGGAGCUGCACAGCACCCACAUAUCUUCUGCUCCCACUGCUCGCCCACCAAGUUCACCACGAUGCGCUUGCCUCUGAACUGCACUGGCCUCACCCCCAUGGUCAAGGUGGUGAUGCUGGUGGAGGAGUGCCAGUGCAAGGUAAAGACGGAGCAUCGAGAUGGACACCUCCUCCAGGCUGGCUUCCAGGAUUCCUUUAUCCCAGGAGUUUCAACUUAACAAGCUAUCCUAGUGUGACCUUUGAAAAGCAAAACCACAACAGCAAAGGUUCUGAUUCUUCAGUCUGAAAACGUUAAGUGGGUGCAUAAUAUUUUAAGAGAAAGGUGGCUUAAAAAGUAGCUUUAAGAUAGCAUGAUUUAGAGAAAAUGGUAUUUAUUUACUUAUGAAUACAUGUCUGGGAUCUGGUCUUGGCUCUG